AGAUGACGAGGUUGCUCUCUAGGACGUUCCCGUCCGUGAAGCUUCGCGAUUCCAAUCCUAAAGCUCCCGAAUUCAAAAAUUUGAAAAAUUCACAAACCCAAGUUCCGAUUCCAUCGUCUUCUUCUCCGCAAGAGAACUCAAAGAUUCCCAAAUCCAAAUCCUGGUCUGUUUAUCUCAUUCUCUCCACGACCGAACCCAUCAAAACAUAUGUCGGAAUCACCACCGAUUUUUCUCGCCGAUUAAAGCAGCACAAUGGUGAAAUCAGAGGUGGUGCAAAAGCUUCAAGUGCAGGAAGACCAUGGCUUUGUGCUUGCAUUAUCACUGGAUUCACUUGUUUAAGUCAAGCUUCUUCGUUUGAAUCAAAAUGGAAGAUCUUUACAAGAAAGUUACCGCGGAGAAAGAAAGACGAAGACAUGAGUCAGAGUGAUGCUUUGCUACAACACCGUAGGAGAGCUUUAAACAAAGUCGAGGAAUCAUUAGACUGUAGUUAUCUUGAAACUGACUGGAAAAUCUAACCAGGUAACCAAACGACUGACUUAAUUAAUCACCGGUGUGCUCUGCAGCCACACAAGAUUACGUUUUUAUGCUGGGACUUGACGACAAUAGCGAUAAGAAUAUAGCUAGUAUGUGGGUUUAACUUGUCAUAUGGCAAUAGUUUGAAAACCACAUUGCACAACCUCAUGUGCAUUGAUAUUUGUAGCUGUUGUAACUUUUAAGAAUGAUAGGCAAAAGUCAAAACUAAUGUGUUGUAAGAUUUUUUAAUUCAUUUUGUGUCUUCAGUUUAUAAAGAAAAAACAAGUAUAGACAAUCAUUUUUAAGAUAUAUUGAGAACUGUUGAGUCGGCAGAAGAAGUGAAAUCAUCUGCAGUAGCCAAUUUUGGUU